AAUAUAUGACACUCUUUCUCGUCCAGUUUUUGUCACUCCGGUUCUACCGGCCGCCGUCGACCAGCGCGUUUGACUCUCGCGUCGUCGUCGGUGUCGGUGUCAUCACCGUCGGAGCGUUCCUCUUCUUUUUGGCAACCGAUCGGUUCAGGUAUCAUUUAACUGUUGCCGUCACGACGGAAGCCCGGGCCGCCGAACGAUUGCGAGAGCCGAUCAUCCAGUUUGCCGUGAACCCCGUGGACGAAUUCGGUGACGAAGAGGUACACGGUGACUCCGACGACGACUCGGACACGGACACGGACACGGACACGGACGAUCUGACCAUAUAAAUCGUAAGGCACUGUGUUCGCUGGCACUUCACACUCAACUGUUGCGGCGGUACGACCAUGUGCUAGAGCACCGUGUCUAGUUGUAAUCGUCUAGUGCGAAACGUCGGCUGCGUUUAUUACCGAUUCGCUAGAAAAUUGAGAUGUCAGUCAAGGACGGACCUAUCGUCAAGAUGGAUGUUGACUGCCCGUCAAAUCUUAAAAGGUCCAACAGUGCGCCGAUGAUCAACGAUAUUAAUGCUUCCAUAGUCGGGUCACUACCAUGCACUACUCUGUCUAGAGAAAAUACGUGUAACAUAUUUUUACGAAAUGUACAAGUACAACCACGCUUUCGUAGAUUUAGCACAAGUGGAAGUCCUCAUAAUGUAAUGCCAAAUACUUCGCCAAAAUUAGUUCAUAGAGUUAAUCAACUGCGACAGGAAGAAACAGUUGAUUUGAUUAAUAGAGAAGUGGCCCAUGAAAGAGAAAUACACUCUGCAAUGCAAAUAUCUCAAUCAUGGGAAGAUUUAUCUAUCAUGAUGGAUUCACCGACAAAGCCAGAUGAAGGACAGUUUGGUAAACAACCAGGUGGAAUGCAUGUUAGACCUAAUAUAUAUGAUCCACUGCAUUUAAAUUUUUCAAUGACUUCUGCUCCAUCAUCACCUUCGCCAACCAGAUCAUUGAGACAUUGCGUAUCACCAUCGCUUUUCAAACCUAAUUUAUCGCCAAGUCCAACUCGUAAAACCUUUACAUCUGGACGAAGCUUGAGUCCAAUUUCAAUGCGUCCUAGCACUUUAGGACCUGUUAAAAGGAAAUGUGACAUGGAUGACUAUGAACCAAUUUCAAAGAAAUGGGGAUUGCUGAUUACCAAUAAUAGGCCUGAACCAAUGCAAGUGACCGGUAUUGUUCCUACAACAAUGAGCGCAACUUUAGUUACAGAUUCCACAUGUAGUAGCAGUGGUGAUUCUUCAAAUAGUAAUCAUUCUUUUUCCUUUAGACCAUUGCAAUCUCUAAUGGAUGAAUCAAAAAGUAAUUCCCAGUAACUACAAUAUUUUUACAGGAAAUAAUAUUUUCACAUUUUACUGUCGACUAUUAUAAUUUUUUCUAUUAUUAUUUUAUUAUUACAGUUACAA